GUUCUACAUAGUGAAAAAUCGGCCUUGUUUUAAUAUCAGCUAGCUUUGAGAGCCUGUAGUGCAGUGCAGAGCAAGCGUUAGCCCCAUCAUGAGUUGCCUGUCGGUGCUGAAAGCCUGGUGGAGAACGUUGUUUGAUCUUGUGGUGAUUGCCAUCCUGUUCAUAUUGUUUCUUGGGUUGGUCAUAGCCGAACGAGUGGGUUCCAUUGUGAGGAGAGGUUUCUACUGUGAUGACUCGUCCAUUAGGUUCCCUGCCAAGCCCAGCACAGUGCCUGCUGAGGCACUUGUUACUGUGGGUAUUCUGCUAGUUCUUUUUGUGUUGAUUGGAGGUAAUCUAUGGGAGCGUUUUGUCUCACACAAGUCCAAACCAGGCAAACAGUUUCAUCCAUGUGGGGCAGAGUCCCAGUCCUGCCUCAUUCCAUACUGGAUCGUCAGGAUUUGCUACGAGUUCAGAUGGUACCUUGUCGGCUAUCUCAUUACGUUGAUCAUCACCGAUGCUGGCAAGAUAGUGGUUGGUAGACUGAGGCCCAACUUCAUGGACGUGUGUGAUCCUGACUUCUCCCUGUUCAACUGUACAGAUCCGUACGGAAACCCGCGCUAUGUACAGGACUAUGUCUGUCGUGGAGACAACUCCACUGUUGCUGCGUCAAGAGUCUCCUGGCCUUCUGGACACUCCUCAAUGAGUGCUUAUGCCUUCAUUUUUCUCGCUCUGUACCUGUCCUGUGUUCGGUCGACUUAUCAGCGUUCUGCCUUCAAGCUCAUGUUGAUGCUGUUCUCGUUUAUGCUAGCACUGCUGGUUGGGCUCUCUCGUAUCUCUGACAACAAGCACCACCCUACUGACGUGCUAAGUGGCUGGAUCAUUGGGGGAGCCGUUGCCUUCGUUGUGGUGUACUUCAACCUUCGCUACUUUGGGGAGCUCAAGUCUGAUCAAGGUGGUUCAGAACAGUACCAGGCCAUGGAGGAGUCUCAGAAAGUUGACAAAAAAAUACCGCAAAAUAAUGCGUGAAACUGUAUAACUAGGUUAGGAUUUUUUAGAUCAUGUUUGUUUUUUAUCCAGUUUCAGCUGUGAUUUAAGUCACUUCAUAGUUACACGUAUCCGUAUUAAUUACACAUUGAGUUUUAAUUACA